UCCUGCCUGUCCCCACAGGUCCCUGGGCAGUCCUGCUGAGUCUCCUGGCAUGAGGUGGCUUUGGGUGGUGGCUUUGGUGGCACCUGCCUGCAGUGUCCCCUACAAUGGCACGGUGGGGAGCACUGGGGCCGGGGACAAUGGGGACAGAGGCCCCUGCACCCCUCAGCACGGUCCCCUGGGCACUGAGGUGCUGCUGCCAUGCCCGGGGGGUGUGGCCGAGUGGCGCCGGGGGGACACUGUCCUGGGCACAUCCCCAGCCCCRGGGCUGGCCCUGCCCAACGCCAGCCUGGCCCACGAGGGCCACUACAGCUGCCAUCACCCUGUCACCGGUGAGACCUGGGCCACCAUCUGCCUGCGGCUGGGCUACCCGCCCCCGCCACCAGCCAUCGAGUGCUGGGCCACCAGCUACCCCCAGGCUGUGAACUGCUCCUGGGGGCUGAGCCCCGAGCCCCUGCUGGACACCGAUUUCGUGGCCACGUACAGGCACGGCACAGCCACAGGUGAGUGCACCCUCACGGGCCCGCGGAGCUGCUCCUUCGGGGACCUGCAGGUGUUUUCCCUCACUCCCUACGAGCUCAAUGUCACAGCCCGGAACGCUCUGGGUGCUGCCUCCRGAACGCUGCCCUUCCUCCUGGAGAACAUCGUAAAGCCGGACCCUCCUGAGACCCUGCAGGUCUCUCCCAUCCCCGGGGAGCCCCAGAAGCUGCUACUGGAGUGGAGCCCUCCAUCCUCCUGGCCCUUCCCGGACUAUUUCCCACUCCAGUACCGCAUCCGCUAUUCCCGGGACAACGACUCYGUCCCCACCAUGGUGAAGCUCUACGAGCUGACAUCCCACACCCUGACGGAGCUGGAGCCUGGGACCCUCUACCACAUCCAGGUGGCUGCCAAGGACCUGGCGGAUUCGGGGGAAUUCAGUGCCUGGAGCCCGCCGGCCUCGGGGACACCCUGGGUGGGGCCGUGACAGGCAGGGCAGGGCCACUGUCCCUGUCCCCAUCCUGCUCGUGUCCCCAUCCUGCUCUUGUCCCACCCCAGCAAUGCCGAGCCACCAGAACAGGCAAUAAACAGG